GUGUGUGUGUGUGUGUUUUACGAUAUAAUAAUCGUUAAAAUAAAUCUGUAACGAAUUUCAGAAAGAUGCCGAAUCCAGGAUUUAUCGUCGCAGAAUUCUCCGACGGUAUCCAAGUAAUACUGAAAACUUGGUUACAAAAUAAAGUUCUGUGUAAAUAUCCUUCACAUUAUAAGACAGACUCGAGAAUUCGGAAGGCAAUUGAAAAAGAAGAAACGCCAACUUCUGUCUGGUCUUCCUUUAAAGUUAAGAGGAUUUUUGGCGAGUAUCCGUCUUUACGAAAGGCCGAUGAGAAAGCCAAACUGGCAAUCUACACGUCAGACAUGGAUACCGACAAAGAAGCGAGAUGUUACAGAAAAAUUAGAGCGAAAAAAUUUGUAUCCUCGUCUGAAAGCGAAGAAGAAACAUGCACAGACGUAAUUUUACCAUUUUCUCCAUGUCCUCCAAAACGUAAGUACACAAACAAAUAUAUUAAGUUUAUGAUAUACGAAAUACGAAAUUCUAAUAUUUUCUAUUUUUUAAUAGAUUUUAAUAGAUUUAAUAAUUUUUAAUUUCAUGCAUUGAAAGGUCCCCGACUGUAUGGUACAAAUGAAAGUUCAUACAUUACAUGUUCUGGGGAUUCUGCGAUAAGAAACGGCGAAUCACAAGAGAUGCGAAAUUCAAGUUCCCGAUCAUUUUUGCAAGAUCUGGACAAUCAUAAUAUUUCAUACGCAAGAAAUGAAGAAGCGCACAACAGUGCUGUAUACCCAAAAG